GGUUGUCCGCGUGCGAGCCAGCAGCCAAAUCGUGCCGCGCAUCAAACAUUUUCGAUUUAAAAAGCAAUUUAACUCAUUUUAAAAAUAGUUUUUAAUUUGCUGUUACAAUAUAAAGUGUCGUGAUUGUUACAUAAAAUUUUAUCAUAUAAAUAUGGUACUUAAUUUUUAUGUUUUGAGCCGGCAAUUAUGGUGCGUCCUCUUGCUGUCAGCAGCCGCGUCAGCGCAGUUCAAGCCUCCACAUAUCUUAUUCAUCUUGGUAGAUGACAUGGGAUGGAACGACGUGUCGUUUCACGGCUCGGAUCAGAUUAUGACGCCGAACAUCGACAACCUCGCGUACCAGGGCGUCAUUCUGCAGCAGUACUACAGCGAAGCAAUCUGCACCCCGGCCCGGUCUGCGUUGCUCACUGGAAAAUAUCCUAUGAGGAUUGGUAUGCAGGGAGCUCCUCUGUUCAACGCAGAAGACCGAGGCAUACCGAUCACGGAGCGACUGCUUCCCUCCUACUUGAAGGAGCUAGGCUACUCAACUCACCUCGUCGGGAAAUGGCACGUUGGCAUGUCUAGAGACGACCACCUGCCGACUAACCGAGGCUACGACUCGCAUUACGGCAUGCGAGGAGGCAUCGUCGAUUACUAUACUUACCAUAAAGUUGAAGAGUGGCCAAAUGGGAGACAGAUGUUUGGAAGGGAUUUAUUUGACAACCUGACACCGCAAUACUCUGAAACACGGUACAUCGUUGAUGCGUUAACCGACCGAGCUGUGCGAAUUAUCAAUGAUCACAACGCCUCCCAGCCGUUGUUUCUGCACCUCACGCACAACGCGCCACACGCGGGCAACCCGGGAGCGUCACUACAGCCACCGCUGUAUAAGCCAGUCAAGAACGCACAUAUCGCGAACCCAGACCGGCGCCUAUAUGCAGAGGUAGUGAACCAUUUGGAUAGCUGUAUUGGAGUGGUUGUUAAGACUUUAGCUGAGAAGAAUAUUCUCGACGAUACUAUAAUAGUAUUCGCGUCGGACAACGGCUCGCCAACGACUGGAAUGUACAACAAUUGGGGCAUCAACUUGCCCUUCCGCGGGAAAAAGAGUACACCAUGGGAAGGAGGGGUCCGCGUCCCGGCUUUGAUAUGGCACUCUUCGUUCAGACCUAGAGUCUGGAAUGGCCUAAUGCAUGUCACGGAUUGGAUGCCUACUCUGAUAGCAGCUGCCGGUGGAGCAGUUAGUGAAGACAUAGACGGUGUAAGCCAAUGGGACUCCCUAGUACAAGGCGGCGAAUCAAAUCGCAGAGAAGUGCUCAUAUCAGUUGAUGACACGAAUGUUUAUGCAGCAUACAGAGCAGGAGACUAUAAAAUUGUAGUCGGGAACCUCACAGGCGUAAGCAACGGUUAUUACGGAGCGUCAUAUCUGGUGAACAGACGGCCGGCUCCGGAAUACUUCCCUAUAUUAAAAAAAUGUGAUGCAGCAAGGGCCAUGGCGACUUUGGGCAUAUAUUUGGACCAGGAUGAGGUACAAGCGAUGAGGAGAGACACGGCCGUUGUACAGCUUGAUAAAGUUCGGGAUCCGACACCUUGUGUACCUACAGAAAGUCGAGGUUGCCUCUUCAAUAUCGCGCGGGAUCCAUCAGAGAGUCACAAUUUGUGGCCACAAGCUACAAACAUCGCUGCUUUGCUGACUAGCAGGCUACGGGCCCUAUGGGCCCAACAGAUGGCACGAGGGCCCCUCCGCCUAGAUACAGCGGCCGACCCGGAGAACUUCGACUACUUUUGGACGCCCUGGAUCGGCUUAACUGCCGACAUUAACAGUAAUAACGAAGUAAUCGAAGGAAUAGUAGCUAAAACUGGUCCAAGCAGUACGAACACCACACUGGCCGUAAUGGUUAAUUGCAACGGCACAGUUGGCAUUAGAAACUUUUUGUGCAUUUUACGAACGAUUAUUUAAAUAUUUAUUUGCGGACAACUUGUUCGUUAUGUUCAUUUAGUGACUUAAUUUAGAUAGACUCGUUCUAUCAAGCGCAUCCAUGCUGUACAAUACAACUAUAGGUACAAUUGGAUAAAGACUUUAUUUAUUGUUAUAAGAAUAAUAAUGUGUGAUAUAUAGAAUAAGUAAAAAUUACCUACCUAUAAAGAUA